GGUCGUCCACUGUCGUAAACGGGCGCAAUUUACGUUAGCGUCAGGCCUGCAGCGGAGGCCCAGGCGAGGAGAAGUGCUGCCGCCGCGCAAGAAAACCACACAAAGUCCGCCAGCGGGGAAGCUGAAACACCGGAGGUUGAAGUAAAGACAUCGUCGAUCGACGGACUACGUAACAUCAGAGCUGAACACGUUUAAGCCCCAACCAUUUGAAGAUGUGAAAGGCUUUUUCUUUAGCAAAGAAGCCAGAGGCACCUCUACAUCAUGAAUUUUCUCCUAAUCCAGGUCUCCACUACAACUCUUUUGACAUUGUGAAAGAGACCAUGGUAUGAAAUGAAAUAAAGUGGAGGAGCUCUGCCCACUCAUCUCCACCUCUUUAAAGCAUGGCAGGCCUGCAGCUUGUCACCCCUGCCACGUCUCCCAUGGGGCCUUUUUUUGGCCUCCCAUGGCAACAAGAGGCGAUUCACGAUGACAUCUAUACACCUAGAAAAUAUCAGGUAGAACUUCUAGAAGCAGCUCUUGAGCAUAAUACUAUUGUCUGCUUGAACACCGGCUCAGGGAAGACCUUUAUUGCAGUUCUCCUUACAAAGGAGCUCUCUCACCAAAUCCGUGGACAGUACCAAGGAAAUGCAAGAAGGACGGUGUUUCUUGUGGACUCAGCCUUGUCUGUUGUUCAGCAAGCGGCUGCAGUCAGGACUCACUCGGACCUCCAGGUGGGAGAGUAUACAGAUUUAGAGGAGACCUCAACAUGGUCUUAUCAGCAUUGGAAGGAAGAGAUAAUCAACAAUCAGGUACUGGUUAUGACUUGCCAUAUAUUCUUGCACGUACUGAAGAGACAAAUAUUACCAUUGUCAAAAAUCAACCUGGUGGUUUUUGAUGAUUGUCAUCUUGCCAUCACCGAUCACCCCUACUGUGAGAUAAUGAAGCUCUUUGACGACAGCUUGUGCAAUCCUCGUAUUUUGGGUCUGACUGCCGCCAUUCUCAAUGGAAAGUGCGAUCCAUCAGAUCUUGAACACAAAAUCCAGAAUCUAGAGCAAGUCCUGAAGAGCAACGCUGAAACUGCCACCGAUCUUGUAGUUCUUGACAGAUAUGCCUCUCAGCCAAGAGAAGUUGUUUUGGACUGUGGCCCCUAUGUGGAUAAGACUGGGCUCUCUUCUCGUCUUCAAGUGGAGUUGGACGAAGCUCUCCACUUCUUAGAUGACUGUAACGUUUCUGUUUUAAGGGAAGACCGGGACCCUACAGCAGUCUCCAGACAGGUGCUAAGUGACUGCAGGGCUGUGCUGCAGGUGCUGGGGCCCUGGUGUGCAGAUAAAGCAGCAGGUAUCAUGGUGCGGGAGCUCCAGAAGUACAUCAAGCAUGAACUGGGAGGACUGAACCGCAAGUUUCUCCUCUUCACCGACACAAUUCUACGAAAAGUACACGCACUUUGUGAGGAGCAUUUCUCCCCUUCCUCCUUGGACCUCAAGUUCGUCACACCAAAGGUUCUCCGUCUGUUGGAGAUCUUGCAUGAAUACAAACCCUUUGAACGGCAGCAGUUUGAAAGUGUGGAGUGGUACAACAACCGUAACCAGGACAACUAUGUGUCUUGGAGUGACUCUGAGGAUGAGGACGAGGACGAAGAGGUGGAGACCAAAGAGAGGCCCGAAGCCAACUUUCCAUCACCGUUCACCAACAUACUGUGUGGAAUUAUCUUUGUGGAGAGGCGAUACACGGCGGUCGUCCUCAAUCGUCUGAUCAAAGAGGCCGGGAAGCAGGAUCCAGAACUUGCUUACAUCAGCAACAACUUCAUUAGUGGCCACAGCAUUGGCAAGAACCAGCCACGGAACAAGCAAAUGGAGGUGGAAUUCAGGAAGCAAGAAGAGGUUCUUCGCAAAUUCCGAGCUCAUGAAACAAACCUGCUGAUUGCCACCAGCAUUGUGGAGGAAGGCGUCGACAUUCCAAAGUGUAACCUGGUGGUACGCUUUGACUUGCCAACGGAGUACAGGUCCUACGUCCAGUCCAAAGGCAGAGCUCGGGCGCCGGUGUCCAACUACAUUAUGUUGGCUGACUGUGACAAGACCAAAAGCUUUGAAGAAGAUCUCACUACCUACAAGGCCAUUGAAAAGAUCUUGAGGAACAAGUGCUCCAAGUCUGUGGAGGUUGGUGAGUUUGACGUAGAGCAUGUGUUUGAUGACGACAACAUCCUCCCUCCAUACGUGCUUCGAUCCGAGGAUGGAGGUCCGCGGGUCACCAUAAACACAGCUAUUGGACACAUCAACAGGUAUUGUGCUCGGCUGCCAAGUGAUCCAUUUACACACUUGGCACCCAAGUGUAAAACGACAGAGACCCAAGACGGACGAUUCCAGUCCACACUUUAUUUACCCAUCAACUCCCCACUCAGAGUGCCUGUGAAGGGUCCAAAAAUGAAUUGUGUCAGGUUGGCAGAGAAGGCUGUUGCACUUUUAUGUUGUGAGAAACUCCACAGAAUAGGUGAGCUGGACGAUCAUUUGAUGCCAGUGGGGAAGGAGACUGUCAAGUAUGAGGAAGAGCUGGACCUUCAUGAUGAGGAGGAGACCAGCGUCCCUGGCAGGCCUGGCUCCACAAAGAGGAGGCAGUGUUAUCCUAAAGCGAUACCAGAGUGUCUGCGAGACAGUUAUGCUGUACCUGAGCACACUUACUACCUGUACGUGAUUGGGAUGGUCCUCACCACCCCGCUGCCCGAUGAGCUCAACUUUCGCCGAAGGAAGCUUUACCCGCCGGAGGACACCACCAGGUGCUUCGGUAUCCUGACAGCCAAACCUAUACCCAGAAUCCCACAUUUCCCGGUGUACACGCGCUCCGGCGAGGUGACUAUCUCCAUCGAACUGCAGAAGUCUGGCUUCACCCUUGCCACCGCCCAGCUUGACCUCAUCACACGCCUGCACCAGUACAUCUUCUCCCACAUCCUGCGCUUGGAGAAGCCUGCAUUGGAGUUCAAGCCCAUAUUUGCUGAUUCUGCUUACUGUGUUCUACCUCUCAAUCUCGUUGGAAUUCCGGACACACUUGAUAUGGAUUUCAAGUUCAUGGAAGAAAUUGAAAGGUCUGAGGCUCGAACUGGCAUUCCUACAACUCAGUACACCAAACAGAACCCAUUCACUUUCAAGUUGGAGGACUACCAGGAUGCUGUCAUCAUUCCGAGGUACCGUAACUUCGACCAGCCUCAUCGCUUUUAUGUUGCUGAUGUGUACACAGACCUCACACCUCUCAGCAAGUUCCCUUCACCAGAAUAUGAGACGUUCGCUGAGUACUACAAAACCAAGUACAACUUGGACUUGUCCAACCUGAACCAACCACUCCUGGAUGUAGACCACACCUCAUCCAGACUGAACCUGCUAACCCCUCGUCACCUGAACCAAAAGGGUAAAGCACUGCCGCUCAGCAGUGCAGAGAAGAGGAAGGCAAAAUGGGAAAGUCUGCAGAACAAACAGAUUCUGGUUCCAGAACUUUGUGCCAUCCAUCCGAUCCCGGCAUCCCUAUGGCGGAAGGCUGUGUGUUUGCCGAGUAUCCUCUACCGUCUCCACUGCCUCUUGACAGCAGAGGAACUUCGAUCUCAAACUGCCAGUGAAGCUGGAGUUGGAUCUCGAACCCUUCCUCCAGAUUUCAGGUAUCCAAACCUGGAUUUUGGAUGGAAGAAAUCCAUUGACUGCAAAAUAUUCAUAUCCUUAACUGAAGCUUGUAGUGAGGAUGAUGAAUCCCAGCAUCAGUCACCGGAUUCUCGUCCACUGAUGCUCGACAGUCGUUCCCAUUCCCAGCCCGGAGUGGACCAUUGCACCAAGAACUUUGUGAAUGGCACUAUUAUCAUUUCUGACAUUGGCGACAACAGUGACCCAGAAGGAGAGCACCUUCAUCAGUGUAAUUGCCAGGGCAGCUCUUGUGGACUGCGAAGCCCUGAAAAAAUGCAAUCCUCUACCUCAGUUCCCGUGCAGUCUUUUCACCGCACGUGUCCUUCACGGCCUAGUCAUGAAGGUGCACAAGUGAGAGUUCUGGACCACACAAAUAAUGCUACCUCAGCCUACUGCCGGGCAGAAAAGUGUCCCGGUACUCACAAAGCACCUACGCGCAAUUUUGCUGCUGUCCCGCAUCCCAGCGAAGUGGCCCAAGACUCCCCAAAAAGCCUGGGACCAAACCCAGGCCUCAUCCUGCAGGCCUUGACCCUCUCCAAUGCCAGUGACGGUUUCAACCUCGAGCGACUGGAAAUGCUGGGCGACUCCUUCCUCAAGCAUGCCAUCACCACCUAUCUAUUUUGCACCUACCCUGACGCCCAUGAAGGCAGGCUCAGCUACAUGCGCAGCAAGAAGGUUAGUAACUGCAACCUGUAUCGCCUGGGCAAGAAGAAGGGACUGCCCAGCAGGAUGGUGGUGUCCAUCUUUGACCCCCCCGUCAACUGGCUACCUCCGGCCUACGUGGUUAACCAGGACAAGAGCAGUAUUGACAAACCCGAAUCAGAAGAGGCCAAAGAGGAGCUUUUGUCCAACGGGCGUUCCGGUGAUGAGGAUGACGAGGAGAGCGAGGAGGCGGAUGAUGAGGGAGAGCUGAUGCUGAAGGAUGAGCCAAAGGAUGAGGUCAACAUGGAGGACGACUUGGAGUAUUACAAGGAACACAUCAAAUUUAUCGACAACAUGUUGCUGGGAUCCGGCGCGUUCGGGAAGAAGAUCUCCCUGAGCAGCUUCCCUCCAUCCCUCACGGCCGCUACAAGCCCGCCACCGCCCAUUGAGGCCGCGUAUGAAUGGAAGCCCCCGAAGAAGAACCCCUAUCAGGCGGCCCACCACCACCACCCAGAGCCGCUGCCCACCGUGUCAUCAGCGGAGGACUUUGACUACAGCUCCUGGGACGCCAUGUGCUACUUGGACCCCAGCAAGGCGGGCGAAGAGGACGACUUUGUGGUGGGCUUUUGGAACCCGUCCGAGGAGAACUGUGGCACCGAGCUGGGAAAGCAGUCCAUCUCCUACGACCUGCACACGGAGCAGUGCAUCGCAGACAAGAGCAUCGCCGACUGUGUGGAGGCUUUGCUGGGCUGCUAUCUGACCAGCUGUGGAGAGAGAGCUGCCCAGAUGUUCCUCUGCUCCUUAGGUCUAAAGGUGUUGCCACUGGAGAGAGAGAACUUGACGGCAGACGGCCAGCCCAGCCCGACAUGUGCCGUGGGCGACCUGUGCUACGGCUGGUUGAAAAUCCCACCGCGGUGCAUGCUGGAACAUCCAGACGCAGAGAGAACCCUCAACCACCUGAUCUCUGGCUUUGAGAACUUUGAAAGAAAGAUUAACUACACUUUUCAGAACAAGGCUUACCUCCUCCAAGCCUUCACCCAUGCUUCCUACCAUUACAACACCAUCACAGAUUGUUACCAACGAUUGGAGUUCCUCGGAGAUGCAAUUCUUGACUACCUCAUUACAAAGCACCUUUAUGAAGACCCCCGGCAGCACUCCCCCGGUGUGUUGACUGACCUGCGCUCGGCACUUGUCAACAACACCAUCUUUGCCUCUCUGGCCGUCAAGUAUGACUACCACAAGUACUUCAAAGCCAUCUCGCCUGAACUGUUCCACGUUAUUGAUGACUUUGUGCAGUUCCAACUUGAAAAGAAUGAGAUGCAAGGCAUGGACUCCGAGCUGCGGCGCUCUGAAGAAGACGAGGAGAAGGAGGAGGACAUUGAAGUCCCAAAAGCUAUGGGGGACAUCUUUGAGUCGCUAGCUGGAGCUAUCUACAUGGACAGCGGGAUGUCAUUAGAGAUGGUGUGGCAAGUGUAUUAUCCCAUGAUGAGGCCACUAAUAGAGAAAUUUUCUGCAAAUGUGCCUCGUUCUCCUGUGAGGGAGUUGCUUGAAAUGGAACCGGAAACUGCCAAAUUCAGCCCUGCUGAAAGAACGUACGACGGAAAAGUGCGGGUGACGGUGGAGGUCGUCGGGAAGGGCAAGUUCAAAGGAGUGGGCCGCAGCUACCGCAUCGCCAAGUCAGCAGCAGCCCGACGAGCUCUGCGCAGCCUCAAAGCCAAUCAACCUCAGGUCCAAAACAACUGAGCUCCUCUCAGCAUUAAGCACCUACACUAUUGACGCUUGCGGAGAAAAAGCAGUAUUUGCUUCCCAGCACAACACGAGGCAGACGGCGAGCACCGCGUGUGGAAACCUACGUACAAUAGCUCUUUUUCUUUUUGCGCAAACACAAUCUCCCUCUUUCUCGUGUCAACUCAUCACUAGUGCUUUUUACUACACUGAGCAAGUGUUCAAAAGGUCAGGUGGCAAUGUCUGUCCCGGGUUUUUCCCUGUUAGCCUCUUCAGUGGACGACGCGCGCCUCGUCACAUUGUCUCGUUAAAGUACGUAGAAAGGACAAUUCAACACUUUACUCCUCAUCUUCUGCACUAAUGCCAGUCAGUUUUUACAUGUUGGAAAACAUGCUCGAAGCAGAUAUGGCUAACACGCACACACACACACACACUCACUCUAGGGCAGGGGUGUCCAAAGUGCGGCCUGGGGGCCAUUUGCGGCCCUCAGCUAAUCGUUUACCGGCCUGCCACACAUUCUGCAAAAAUUGCAAAAUUGAGAGUAUUGCAAAAAUAAAAUAAAAACAUAUAAGAAAAAAAGGGGGGAAUGAGGUGAAAUCUAAUGAGAAAAAGUGGCAGGCAGGUUUUUUUUCCCUUUUGUCUUUAUUUUCUUUUUUUUCAUUGCUCAAAAAAAAAGGGAAAAAAAUCUAUGUUAUAAUGAAUUAUUACUUAAAAAUGAUCACUUUAAAAUGUUUUAUGUGGAAAAAAUAUUGCAUACGUUGUGUGGUUGCCAUAUAAAAAUGUCAACAAAAGAGCAAAAGACAAACAAAAUAAUAGUUCAAACUUAAAAUCGACAGAUAUAUCGGAAGUUGAUUUUGAAAUUUAAGUGUUAAAAGAAAAAAAACCAAUAAAAAUGUAUUACUUUAUGAGUAGGGAACCUUUCGGAUCUCAAAUAUAUUUAGUAGGAUUUUAUUUAACUUUUCACUGUGAUUACUAAAAAAUAAUUAAUUAAAAUUAAUGGUGUCCUGCAUUAUUGAUCUUUGAGGGCUUUAAUUGCUAAAUAAAGAAACUCUCUUUAAGGAAUCAAUAAAGUACUAUCUAUCUAAAUCCUGCAUAUUUCAGUUUUACUAUAAAAAACAAAAUUGUCUUUGACAUAAAAGGCAUAAAACCUUAUUUGUUUUACUUUAUAUCAACCUCAAGUUGAUAUAGAGAUUUACUGUAAGCAUUAAAUAAAAAAUCAUAGUAAUAAUUGGACUUAUUUUUAACAUUUUAGUGACUGAGACCCUCUGUGCUCCCCAGGAGCCCUAAGGAUUAAAAAAAAUACAUAUAUUUUGUUAUGGUUUGAAAAUGAAAAAUAUCAAAAUGGCCCCCGCAUGCCUAAAUUUUAGCCCUCUGUGGAAAAAGUUUGGACACCCCUGCUCUACUGUGUUGCUGUUAGAAGUCUUGAAAUUGUAUCUGAAUCAUUCUUGCACUUGUAGUCUAUUACCGUCUGUAAUUAAUGAGAAUAGUGUGGUCACCUUGACAACCAAAAUCCUACAGAUUGCAAAGUAUAUGAAUAUAUAUAUGAAAAUAUCACAUUUUAUUGUCGGCCUCAAACGUGAGGUCUCACUCCUACACCCGGCAAAAACGGAUAGGAUAGGAAAAGAUUCCCAACAAGUGUCAUUUAAAGCAGCACCUGAGGUUGCAUGUUCCUGUAUUUGUAUAAACUUUGUCAACUGGA